GCCUUGGGGUGGGGGAGGCCGGAGGAAGCGGCCCAGCGGCCAGAGCCCCACGCUCCGCCCCGGCUGACGAGAUCGAUGCGCGACAGUUCGCCCGUGCCCUGACUUCCUGCUUCUGGGCCGGGGGAGACCGACGCCGGGAUGGGGCUGGAGCGGAGGCUGAGAGCGGCUCCCACGCGUGCCAGCCGGGGGUGCGGGUGCUGAGCCCCCGCCGGCGUGCGGCGACAGCACCGUCUCCCCCUGGUGCGUCGGGGGCGCGAGCCAUGGGCUCCCAGGACGUGCUGAGCGAGACCACCCGGCUGGCCUCCUCCAGCGCCUUGCUGCAGAUAUUGUUUCGGGUGAUUACUUUUGGCUUAAAUGCAUUUACUCUCCGCUAUGUAUCAAAAGAAAUGAUUGGCCUUGUGAAUGUAAGGCUAACACUGCUUUAUUCUACAGUUGUUUUCUUAGCCAGAGAGGCAUUCCGUAGGGCUUGUUUGAGUGGCAGCACAAAGCGAAAUUGGACCAAAACUAUUAAUCUUUUGUGGCUAACAGUUCCUUUGGGGGUUUGUUGGUCACUGUUCCUGGGCUGGAUCUGGCUACAGUUACUUGAAGUUCCUGAUCCUAACGCAGUUCCCUACUAUAAGACUGGAGUAGUUGCAUUUGGUCUUUCUGCAGUGGUUGAACUUCUAGGAGAACCAUUCUGGGUUUUGGCACAAGCACAUUUGCUUAUAAGGCUUAAGGUAAUUGCUGAAAGUCUUUCAAUAAUCUCCAAAUGCAUUUUGACAGUUAUUUUAGUAGUUCUGUAUCCACAAUGGGGACUUUACAUUUUUUCUUUGGCUCAGCUUUUAUAUACCAGUAUUCUGGUGCUGUGCUAUGUAAUGUAUUUCAUGAAGUUUUUGGGUUCUCCUGAAGCAACAAAGAAAUCUUUUCCAGUUUCUAGAAUGACAGAUCUGUUACCCAACUUGAUUGAAGACCAGACUGUGGUUGACUGGCAAGAGGCUAGGUUGACUUGGAGCUUCUUUAAGCAAUCUUUCUUGAAACAGAUGUUGACAGAGGGUGAAAGAUACGUGAUGACUUUUUUGAAUGUGCUAAAUUUUGGAGACCAGGGUGUGUAUGAUAUAGUGAAUAACCUUGGUUCUCUGGUGGCUAGAUUUAUCUUUUUGCCAGUAGAGGAGAGUUUUUACAUUUUCUUUGCUAAGGUGCUGGAAAGAGGGAUGGAUGUAAAGCUACAGAAACAAGAUGAUAUCGCAAUGGCUGCAGCAGUGUUAGAGUCACUGUUAAAACUCAUGCUUCUGGUUGGCCUGAGCAUUACAGUUUUUGGCUACGCCUAUUCUCAACUGGCUCUGGAUAUUUAUGGAGGUUCAAUGCUCAGUUCGGGAUCAGGUCCCGGUCUCCUGCGCUGCUAUUCUUUAUAUGUCCUCCUACUUGCCGUCAAUGGAGUAACAGAAUGUUUUGCAUUUGCUUCUAUGUGCAAAGAGGAGGUAGACAGGUUCAAUUUUGUUAUGCUGGCCUUGUCCUUCACAUUCUUGUGCGUAUCUUAUUUCUUGACUCAGUGGCAAGGCAGUGUAGGCUUUAUCCUUGCAAACUGCUUCAAUAUGAGUAUUCGAAUAGCACACAGCAUUCACUAUAUCUACAAUUACUUCAAAGAGAGCUCUUACAGACCUUUGAAAGGGCUGCUACUCUCGCCAUCACUAAUUUUUGUUUAUAUUAUAAGUGGAGUAGUCACUGUUUUUUCAGAGGUAUUCUUGUGCUGUGAUAAAGGCUGGCUGACAAGGCUGAUUCACAUCACUGUGGGAGCUCUGUGCUUCGCAGCAACACUUAUCACUAUAUUCUUCACAGAGACCAAGCUGAUUAACUUUGUUAGAACUCAGUUCCUGUCACGAUAUACCAAGAAAGAAACUUAAAAAGAUCAUGUACGGAAUAAUUAUGUAUUUUUAUGUUUGCUACAAAGGUAUAUUUUAUAUAUGAAAUAUGCACAGGAUAAGUUUUACACUGUGUAGCUGAAAUGGAAAUAUUUGGCAACCAGAUACUAUUUCCAUUUUCAAAUAAUUUAAACUCAUAACAGCUUCGAACAUAAAUUAUACCAACCCUGAGCCAGGUAAUUCUCCUUGUCAUUCUUAUCAAAGCUUUUUCCUUCAUAACAGUAUUGCCUAACUUUUGUUUUUUAGCAGAAUGAAAUAACUAGGACUUACACUGAUGCAAAUCUUCCUUUUGUGGGAUGCUCCCAUUGUUACAAAUGGGACUACAAAGUGUGAUGGUGUUUAAAAAAUAGACUUUACCCACUUUUACACAACUAUCAAAUAUUAAAAUGGAUGAAUGACCCUUCAGAGUAAAAAUAAAAUGAGUACUUGUGGCACCUUAGAGACUAACAAAUUUAUUUGAGCAUAAGCUUUCGUGAGCUACAGCUCACUUCAUCAUCGGAUGCAUGACCAAAUGCAUCCGAUGAAGUGAGCUGUAGCUUACGAAAGCUUAUGCUCAAAUAAAUUUGUUAUUCUCUAAGGUGCCACAAGUACUCAUUUUAUUUUUGUGAAUACAGACUAAUACGGCUGCUACUCUGAAACCUUCAAAGUAAGUGAGACCACUUAAUUAUUAAGAAAAAAUUAUAUAUACUGUGUUCAAGGAGAACAGCACUGGACAGUUGAGCAUGAACUAAUAGUAACUUAAUAGUAUACAGAAACAACAUUAUUCAGUACAAAGAAAUUGACUUACUAAUGUUGGGAAACAUGAAACAAUUUGGAACAGAAAACUUCAGACAUUUUAUGUUAUAAACAAAUAAAUGGAAUACACAAACUUGUAUACAUAUGCAUGUGGAUUGUGCAAGAGAGCUUGUUUUUUUGCAUACUGUUUACUUACCAGAGUAUUGACUAGUAUGCCAAAAAUAUACUUCAAUGUUCACUAAAGUACACAAUAUUGUAUUUUGGAAGGAAGUUCUGCAAAACGUAAGCCCUCUCUGUUUUUUCUCCUGGGUGCAAGUCACAGCUGAAAUUUCCCAAAGUCCAGAAGCUCAAUAGAGUUAAACUUAAAUUCUAUAACUUUUAUUUUAUCUCUAUUUUUAGAUAAUUUUAUAAAUACUAGUGCAAACAAAAAUUUAAAUAAAAAUAUUCCCCCAUAA